AUGCAAUUUGAGAGUAUAAAACUAUUGGAUGAGACCAAUAGUCACAGACCUGGGUUUUAUGUUAGAUUUAAGAAUGUCAUUGUUGGGUUUAUAACUCUUCUUGCAACAUUAACUAUCUUUAUUAAAAUUUCCCAGCAACACAAUAGUAAUACAAUCAUUAUGGAAUUACCUGUCAUCAAUACGUUUGAAACAAUUAAAUUGGAUGAGUACCCUAAUGUAAACCGUCUAUUGUUCAUUGGUGAUGUUCAUGGAGAAUACGAUACAAUGACUUCACUUUUCGAAGAGAUGAAUUAUGAUAGUGAUACAGAUAUGGUAAUCUUGGUGGGAGAUUUCUUAACCAAAGGUCCUGAUUCUUUGAAAGUAUUAGAUUUCUUAGUCGAUAGUAUUCAUAAAGGUAAUCGGAAUGUCAGAUACGUUUUGGGUAAUAACGAUAUUAAAGUGUUGGUGGCAUUAAUCAAUCAAGAUAUGGAAAAUUAUUCUAAAGAAUCUGAAUUUAAUCCAUUAAAUUUCAACACCGAGUUUAAUUAUGUCCCAAAGGAUCCAUUGAAAAAAAUUAAACAAUCUCAUUUGAAAUUGGCAAACGAAUUAGGGUUUAAGAAAUUGUAUGAAUUGGCCAAACAUUCCACGGUGGCUUUCAAGAUCCAAAGAUCUAAUAACGAUGCUUCUCAUGCGUUGUUUGCAGUGCAUGCUGGACUAUUACCUGGUAAUUUCAUCAAUACCACUUUAAAUGCAAAUGAUAAUGAAUUGUUUAUUCCUAGUAUUGAUACUUUAACUGAAAUGAAAUUUGUGGAACAAGAUAAUUGGUCAAAUACUUAUAAACAAUUAGGAAUGAAAGAUAAAAAAAAGAAAUCCAACGAUAUCGAUGCCACUAAGAAAUCACUUAUUAAAUGGUAUAAAUUAUGGGAUGAAACUAAAGUGGAACAAACGUUCAAUGAUAAUAAAAAGAUUCAAAAAAAUUUCGAUUAUGAUCUUUUAGAAUUUUCAGAGAUCAUCAAUAACAUUACAGUUGUUUAUGGCCAUGAUGCUUCUUCAGGUUUAAAUAUUCAUAAUCAUACAAAAGGCUUGGAUUCGGGUUGCACUAAAGGUGGCCAAUUAUCAGGUCUGGAAUUCGUUUGGGAUCCAACUAACAACAAAUAUAUAGACACUUUAUAUCAGGUCGAUUGUAUAAAGAAGUGA